ACGGACGACGACACCGACGCUGCGGACAUAGCGCGUGCACCAACUCGCACCGGAUGUCGUUCUCGUACCUCAUGGGGUACGAGGCUGAAGGCGGCGGCGUGGGCGGCGGUGGUGGCGAGGGGAGCGGGCUCGGCCUUGGAGGGCUGAACGGACUGAACGGGCUGAGCGGACUGAACGGGUCAGGCCUGGGCACAUCGGGUCUGAGCGCGUCAGGCCUGGGUGUCUCGGGCCUGGGCUCUGUGCUGGGUGGUGGUGGUGAGGGCGAAGGCGGCGGAAACGGGAGCGGAUCGGAGCUGCUGACACGGACGUUCCUGGUCUACGACGAGUCGCUCUGUGCCUCAGACGACGAUCCGCCGGAAGACAUGGUGCUGUUCUGCUUUCCACAAGAUGCGCCGGUUGGCUUACAGCUCUUCUUGCUUGGUGGUGUUGCGUCGAUCGUUCGCUUCUCGCGGGCGUUCUCGGCCGGAGAGGAGCCCGAUGUCAUAGUGCUGGAGCGGCACAAGGUGGCAUACGCGCAGGUCUCGGGCGUCUCGUUUGUGCUCACGGCGUCGGUGCUAGAGCCGGAUGCAGCGCUGAGGGCCGAUCUCGACGCCGCCAUUUCUGCGCUGCAGUUCUUUACAGGGCCGUUUGACGAUCUGCGUGCCCGCGGCGAGGGCUUCCGUGCUGCGCUCUCGGCCGGCUGUGGCGCGCUCGUUCCGCUGCUUACUGACUUUCCGCUGAUGCGUGGUUUUGCGACUGUCCCGCGGGCGCCGGUUCCUGACACUCACCGGCGGCUAGUGGUGAGCGCGUCGCAGCUAGUCUCGGCCAUCACAGCCGAGGCCGGGAACCUCGGUGCUGUCGUCCUGUUCGAGCGGCGCGAGCUGGCGUCGAAUGUUCCGCCGCAGCUGGCGGCGCUCAUCAUUGCGCGACUCAAGAUGCUAGGCCUCGGUCACAAGCCGCUGACGGCCAACUGCGUGGCGGCGUCGACGCGGCUCGACGAGUCGGUUUUGGCGCCGUUUGCCACCGACGGCUCGGAAGGCGGUGGGAGCGGAGUCGCCGACGGCGGCGGGAGCGGGGCGGGCAAUGGUGAGGUGAGCGCGGGCCUGAGCUCUCUUGCAGGCAUCGGGCGCGAGUCGAGUGCAACAGGCGCUCGCUCGCUGGCGUCGUCGUCGUCCGGAUUGGGCUGCGGCGAUGCCGGGUCGCGCGGCUCGAGCCCGGCGGCGUCUGUGGCCUCGAGCUCGCGGCGGUCGCGCAAGGCCAACGUGGCAUCGCCGUCUGCGGCAGCGGCAGUGGCGGCACUCAAAGACGCACUGGCAUCGCCGCCUUCGUCGGCGUUUGCCAGCGUCGGCAGCGAGGGCGGUGGUGAGGGCGGCAGCAGCAGGCUGAGUGGCUCAUUUGGAGGCCUCGGCUCGCUCGGCCUGCCGGCGACGCCGCACCGAGCCAACAUGCUGCGGUCUGGGCUGGCAUCGCCUGCCUCCCCGUCGCAGUCGUCGCUUGUCUCUGCUCUCUCGAUGGCGGGAUCUGCUACGAUCUCGGGGCUCGCGGUCUCGGCGACGUCAGCGGGCGAGGACUCGAUCAUGCAGCCAGUCUUCCUCACGCGGGCCGAGCUGGCGAGCCUCGCAGGGCGCGAGACCGAGCGACGCGGAGCGGCGGCGUCUCAGGCUGUGCCGGAGAUGCUGAAGCAGGAUUCUGAGGCCGGGGCGUAUGUGGGACUGUACAUUCUCUCGCUCUCACGCGUGAGCCUCGCGGUACUGCUCGACAUCUCGGCCAUGUACGAUGUGCGGCACGUGAAGAAGCUGGCGCUGACGUCGCGACCGCGGCUGGCACAGCUGCAGAGCGUACUCUGCCGGCUGGGCCGCUCCGACCGCGGUGACGACGAUGUGGGCGGCAGCGAUGGGGUGCCGGGCGCGGGCUUUACACAUCCAAACUUUGCGGCGUAUCCGGCGUACGGGCCGGGCGGGACGUUCUACCUUCCGCGCGAUCUGCCGGGUGGACUGGGGCGGGCACGGCGGAGCUCGGGUGCGUCGACGCCUGUGGGCGGAGCCGGCGGGCCGGGUGUCGGCAACAACGACGGCGGGCGCGGUGGCAACACGUCGCUGCACUCGACCUCGAUGUCGUCUGCCAUCUCGACGUCGAUGUCGGGCUAUGGCGGACCUGGCGGGUACCUGAGCUUUGACUCGCCGCCGGGCACGCCUGUGGGUGGGCGUGGAAUGUACGGGACGGGCGGGAACGAGCUUCCAAGGUCAUCGCUGUACUACUCGCCGCAGCCGCGUGUGGGCAUCUCGUCGGGCUUGUAUCCAGCAGCGAUGACGUACUCUGCGCUUCCGCCUGAUGAGGACGCGGAGCCGAGCCCGGUGUCGGGCGUGCCGUCGCUGGCGUACGCAUCGACGUUUUCGGGCGAGGUGCCGUUCAAGUACUUUGUGCACUCUGAGCUCACGCGCAACGGAUUUGGCAACGUGCCUGUGGUCGAAUCGUCGAUGGACGCCAACUUUGUGUUUGCGACGUGCAUGGCGCACGACGUUUUUGCGGGCGGGGCGGUGACGCAUCUCGCGCUGGGCAACUCGCUGGGAGUGCUCUACGCGCGGCAGACGGCCGGCACGCAAGUGUUUUACCAGCAACCAGCGACGGCAUCGCCGCAAAACGAUGUGGCGCGGGUGCAGGACACAGCCGAGGAGGCGCUUGCCGGCAUCAACGUGCAUAUUUUCUAA